AUGGAAAACACCCAGACCUCCUUUCAAGGGCCAAUAGCUGACUACAUUGGUCCCGCAUUUCCUCCAGGCCAUCCAAUGUCGAGCAACACUUCAGGAUUCAAGACGCAGCUUGCAAUCUCAAUAUCAUUGGGCUUGGGUUCAUUCCUGACAUUUUGUUUUAUGCGUACUCGAUGGACUAUACUCUUUGCACCACGAACCAAACUAAAAAGAAACACACCUCCGGACCUCUCUUCAGCAUUCUUUGGAUGGAUUCCUAGGCUUUUAGAUAUUAAAGAGGAGGUCCUUUUGGAACGUGUCGGGUUGGAUGCGGCUCUGAUGCUCCGGUUUUUUGUCAUGUGUAUGCGCCUCUUCGCAGCUUGUUUGAUCCCAGGGCUCUUGGUUAUCCUACCUAUCAACAUCUACACCAACAGCGACGGCGACCUAAACUUGGGGCCCGAUAUUGGCCAUGGCUAUGACCCAUCACUAUCCAGUGCUGCUCUACGCCAGGGGACGUCCCUCCUUUACCUGUCGACACAAUUCACAUUCACAUGGAUCUUUUCCCUCAUGACCUUGUACGCAAUUUGGCAUACGUAUGAAGGAUAUAUCGAUGUUCGACGGAAAUUCCUUUUGAAGCGCAAAAAGUCCAUUGUCAACAGGAGCAUCAUGGUCAUUGGAUUGCCAGCACAUCUACAAAGCGAUAGGGCCUUGGCGACAUUUUACGAGUCCUUAGGCGUAGGAACUGUGGAAAGUGCACAUGUUGGGAGGCACGUCACCUCCUUGAAGCGACAGAUAGAACAGAGAGCAUAUGCUUUAAGAGCCCUGGAGAUUGCUUAUACAGAGUAUUAUGGGAACCCGUCAAGCAGGCUGGAUUAUGAUCCGGAUAUCAUUGCCGCAGAGAAUGACCACACAAUCGAACAUACUCACCAUCAAUCAGAAAGCAACCUCAGAAGCACUUCAGGCGAUGAAUUUUAUCAUCAAGUAGCGGAUGACCAUAGUAGUUCUUCUAGUGAGUCUGAAACAGACGAACAACAAAUGUCUCAUGGUAACCGUAACAAGAAAAUGAGACGACCAACUCUGCGGCUUGGAUUUUUAGGUCUGUUUGGUAAAAAGGUUGACAAGAUCAAAUACCGCCAAGAAGUCUUUGCAGCCUUGGAUAAGGCUGUACAAAAGAAGCGCAUGUCUCGCGUCUGGGCAACCACAAGCACUGGAUUUGUUACAUUCGAAGAAAUGAACGCAGCACAAAUUCUGGCGCAGACAGUUAACACUCAGGAAACUUUAACAUGCGAGACCUUCCUUGCUCCAGAACCCCGCGAUGUGUACUGGGAUAACUUGAACCUGCCUCCAAAUGAGCUGGAUGUUCGAACAGUAGUCAUCAAUGUGAUUGUGUUCAUCCUGAUCUUUUUCUGGAGUGGUCCUGUCAGUGUCUUCUCCUCCUUCUUAAACUUGGCCUCUCUUAACAAAAUCUUCCCAGGGAUCUCAAAAUUAGCAGGGAAGAACGCAAUCCUGAAAUCAUUGAUCCAAGGAUUUUUGCCGACUGUGGGAGUCAUUAUUUUUCUAGCAGUCGUCCCUCAAUUCCUCUUAAUACUCUGUCGACGUCAAGGUAUCCGAUCCCAUUCUGAGAUUGCGCAUGCGCUGUAUAGCAAGUACUUUACAUUCAUCCUUUUCAACGUCGUAUUAGUCUUUACAAUUGUUGGAACCUGGGCACAGGCGUUUAAUAAGGUUUAUCAUAAUCUGGGGGAGCUUACUUUGUUACUCGCAGCCUCAUUGCCCCGUGUAUCGCCUUUCUUUGUGAACUAUAUCAUUUUACGCGGCAUUGGUCUAUUUCCAUUGCAGUUGCUGCAGGCGGCCCAUGUGUUUGUGCUCUUACUCCAAAAGUUUAUUUCUAGAACCCCGCGUGAUUAUGCAGAGGCACGAGCGCCACCAGAGUUGCCUUAUGGUGUUGUCUACGCAAACGCAACCCUCGUCUUUGUUGUCGUCUUGAUCUAUUCAUGCAUCCGACCGGCGAUCUUGAUCUUUGGUACAAUCUAUUUCGCAGUAGGCUAUCUAGUAUUCAAGUAUCAGCUUCUCUAUGUAUAUUUUCAUCCUUACGAAUCCGGUGGAAAGAUUUGGCCUAUGGUCUAUAAUCGCUUGACAUUGGGCUUGUUGACGUUCCAGCUGACUAUGCUGGGGCUUUUCAUGUUGAAGCAUGCCUAUUUCUUUGGUGUGCUUUUGGCCCCGUUACCUGCAGGAACAGCCUGGUUCUGGUACCGGACCACUAACAUCUACAAAUGGACUGCAACAUACAUGCCUCUCGAGUUAUUGCGGCCCUCCAAGCAUGAUGGUGAUAUUUUAGACGACCACAGCUAUCCUCUUCAUGGACCUAAUUCGGUACCCUCGACAUUUCAGAGCGGUAACAUUAACAAAAAUAAUUCGUUAACGACUUUGAGAACUGAUGUGGCGUCAGUAGAAGGAAAUAGGCCUGAACACCAACAUUCAGUCGCUCUAGACAUGGAGGUGGCCUCUAAUGGCGGCGCUAGUGAAAAUAUAAAAGCGGCGAAGAGACGAUCAAACAUCGGCGGUCUAGUGACCACUCCAGAAGGGCCUAGGCGUUCGAUGCCAGCAAGGAGUGUAGUAGACGACGACGAUUAUCAAGCUACGCCAGACCGACACACUGAUUUUCGACAACCACCCAUGUCCUUGUAUCCAGGAGUGCUCAAUUCUAGCAUGCGGCAUUAUAGUCAUCCUGCUUUAAGAGGGCCGCUUCCAACUCUGUGGUUACCAUUGAAGAAAAAUGAGUACUUGGAGGGGCAUGGAAAGAACAGGAUUUCGGUCUUUGUCAAUAAUGAAGAAUUGAAUCAAGAGAGCGGUAAUCAGCAGGAGCAGGAACAACGAGAACAGCACUCGCGAGAACUGUCAUUGUCGUUGCCAAAUAAAGAUUCUGCUGAUCCGUACCGAAGGGAUUUUGAUGAAGGGGAUAAUAUGGCAGGAGGAGGGCAGGACGAAGAUGACGAUGGAGAAGAGGAAGGGUAUGAAGGAGAUUUGAGAGGCAACCAAGGUUAUGAGGAAGUGGAGCACCUGGAAAGUAUAGAAACCGUUGGCUAUCCAAUGCCGGGCCCUAGUUCUUUAAGCUUCCAACAGGGUCAAGGGAUGUCGCCGCCAAACAGUGCUGGCAGUAACAAUAGUAGUUCCGCUGCCUAUAAGAGGAACCUGGCAGUGGAAGGGAUCGAUGAUGUAUAUUAUCAUCAUCCUGAACGACGAUUAUCGAAUGCUAGCCUAACAUCUAGGAUCAGGAGUAUGGCAGCUACUAAUAUCGGAGGCAGAGGAGAAGGAGGAAGCGGCCAUCGUUACCGGCUACCAUCGUUGAGAUCGCAAUCCCAACUGGCGCGGCUGCGUGGUCCAAGAGCGAACCUUUUUAGGGAUCAGAAUCAAGAUUCUCCGUAUCCACCAAACACAGAUGAUUCUCCAGCGCCUGCAAGUGGAUGGAGAUCAUGGCUUUUGAAUAGAAAGAAAGGAAAAAAAUAA